UCGUCCCUUUCUGAUAGUUAAUCAAAUAAAUCGAGCGAAGUGCUCUCUUUCGACAGCGAACCAAACCCUAACCAUCACACAGACAACAAGGUUUUGUUUGAUUAGAAUCUCCGAUGGGAAGCGGCGACGAAGAUCGGACUUUCAAUGGUAGUUUCAGUGAGGAAGGAGUUGCCAAGUUGAAAGAGAGAGUGAAAGUUAAAUUGAAGGAGUACAUGGGAGAUUACACUGAUGACAUUCUUGUGGAAUAUGUGAUAGUUUUGCUUAAGAAUGGGAGACGGAAAGAGGAAGCUAAGAAUGAAUUGAAGAUCUUUCUUGCUGAUGAUAGCGAUUCUUUUGUGGCCUGGUUGUGGGAUCAUCUGGCUGAAAGUGUGGAUGAAUACUUUGUAAGUUCUCAUGUUGAGAAAACUAACGUGAGAAGCUCAUUGGUGAGUAGUCUGGAUGAAGAUAAAGAACUUGUGAAAAUGGAUUCUGAUUCGGGAAAAGAACGAGCCCCACCUCGACGCGGUAGAGGAUGGAGAACCCAACCAAGUAGUGUUUCUGACGUUCCUCCUCUUCUGAGUUCUGAGGUUCACAAAGUUCAUAACUACGAGGAGGAAGAUCACAGAGAAAGACAUGGUAAAAGGUCUCCAUCUGAGCAGUCUCGUUCCCAUAGGAAGAGGAGUAAAACUGACAGCUCGCGGGAUGAACAGAGGGAGGCUAAACCUGUUGUUUCUAGCCGGCUGCUUCAGUUUGCUAUGCGAGAUGCUCUUGGUACAUCAAAGCCCACUGAGCCCUCAUUAAAACGUCUCCGCUCAGUGGUGUCCGCAUCGGCUCAAGACUCAUCUGAACCGGAACCAGCUCGGAAAACCCGAUCUGUUGCCAGGGUUAUGAAUCCCACGGCCACUGUUAUGAAAGCUGUCGCCGAAGCAGCUGAAGAUGCCAAGAAUCCAAAAUCUGGGAGAAGCGUCUUUGACAGAAUUAGCCACUCAACGGGUCUCCCUGAAACUUCGGACCAACAAAUGAUACUUGAUGAUGUCCCCCCUAAGAAUGAAGAACAUAGGAAUCUUAGUGAAUAUCAGGAACCGGUACAGCAUCAAUACUCGCAGCGUCUUGGCAACAAUGGAGUGUAUGUUGAGAACGCGAGGACUUUUGACACUGGCUUGCAGUCAAAUUUUUCGUCUGAUCGAAGUAGACUCGUUUCAACUGUUAAUGGGUCUCACCCAAGUUCUUUUAUUGGGAAUAGAAUUAACAAUCCAAAAAGUCUGCAGCAUCGUUUAGUCGAUGGCCCAAACGGGACGAAGACUGCAGGUUUCUCUGGCAAUGCGGAUACAGGGAAAACAGUAAAGUUGGAGGAGCAGAUGAAAGUACCAGAUGUGGGCCUUCAAAGAUAUAUGGACGGAAAUACAAAACCUGCUGCCAUUGCGAAAGAAGACUCAUUGACUAAGAAAUCUGUUCCUGGUGAGUUUUUUUUUUAAGAUUCAUGGUAUUAGCAUUACAUUGUCCGUGACUUUGGUUCCGGUUAAUUCAGUUCUUCUGCAUGAAUUGGUCUAAAGAUGAUAUACUGGUAUUUGC